ACGCACAUCUGUCCGACACAACCGAAAGCGUAUUCCGAUCGCUUUACGUAGCAUUUAUGUGCUCGAUUGAUAGAUUGCCGUUUGAUUGUCAGGCCGUCGCUCGCAGACCGAUCCGCGAUUGCGGCCGAGUCGGAAGUGACGAUCGACGUCGAAGAAUGCGAACGCGGCGCGACGCCUCGCCGUACCUUGAGCGAAAGAGCGACGUUGGCAUGCAGCUCGCAAGGAAGGCAAGAACGAUCGCGGAGAGAGAGAGAGCGCUCGCCGGUUAUAAUGAGAUUGGCGACGCGGCGCGUUCGAGAGAAAACGUAAAGAGGUCGUUCCCUUCGCAAAACCAGUUUGCGCGUGUGCGCCGCGCUCGCGUACCGUGCCCGCGGCUCUGGCGGAAUCUUCCGAACGACAACAAAAGAGGCCAAACGAACGAAGCGACGAAUCCGUCAUUAAGAGGUCCGAUGCAGCUCGUCGAGCUGAAUCUGCUGAAUCGUCGCAUUAAGAUCGCUCGAGCGUUACAAAUGAGAACGAUCGCGCUUGCAACGCGCGUUGCAUAUGUGCAGCCUGCGUGCAAGCUAAAUCCAGUGAGCUCGUACAGCAGGAAGUAACUGCCUCGACUAGACAAAAAGCCCCUAAGGAAGAACGAAGAAGAGGAGGAAGGAAGGGGAGUUUGCGCGGCGAAUUCAAGCUUGCGCGCGCAACGUUUGUCCAAAGCCGGCACCAAGAGAGAGAGAGGAGAGACUGCGAGCACCUCCUCUUUCUCUCUCUCUCUCUCUCUCUCUUUCUCUCUUCCCGCGGCAGUAGUCUCGCGCCUGUCGCAGCAACAGCAGGCCAGGACAACACGCGCCAACAACCGUCAAGCGUCGAGCCUCAUAUGGCUGGAACAGCAUCAGUGAGAUACCGUCACCGCAUAAAAACAUUCAACGAAGUCACCAUAUCGAACAGAUAUCGCGAGGAGGACGAGAGAAUGAUGAAAGAAAUGGGCACGAUGGGCAUCGACGAUCGCACCACCAGUUUCGGUCGCAAACGUGGCUGUACCAUAACGCGCUGCGGUGGCCUCGGCCUCGCGCUUUGCUUCCUCGGCGCACUUGUCCUUACAGGAUUGCUCGUCUACCAUUUUGCACCCUGCGUCGAUCAGAAUGAUACGCAGUUCCGCGUCGGCGAUGAUGUCACGGCGAUGUUCCGUUCCGGGCGUAACUUUAAAGCAAAAAGCAAGAGUGACAAAUUGGAUGUUAGGCUGCCUAAGUCCGUAUUGCCAGAUAGCUACGAGAUCCGACUCGUGCCGUUUAUUUGGCCUGGCAAUUUCACGUUCAAUGGAGAGGUGAAAAUCGUUAUGAACGUAACCGAAGAUACGAGAAAAAUCAUGCUUCACGCAGUGGACAUGACGAUCGAUGAGGAUUCAACGAUUAUACGCGAGUACCCUGGUCCAUCGGAAGGCAAAGCCAAGGUGGUAAGAGUACAGCGUCAGUCGAACGACACGACUCGUCAAUUCCACGUUAUUAACACGAGCGAUACCUUGAAAGCGGGCCAACAAUAUUUAUUGUACAUCAAAUUCGUCGGUAAAUUGAACGACUACCUGCAAGGUUUCUACCGAAGUUCCUACGUGGCGAACAAUCAGACGAGAUGGAUCGCCACAACGCAGUUCCAGCCAACGGACGCCCGACGAGCUUUUCCUUGUUUCGACGAGCCCGCGCUCAAAGCCAGAUUCCAAAUCAGCAUUGCUCGUCCGAAUAACAUGACUGCCAUCUCUAAUAUGCCGAAGGAACAACGGCAACUGGAACCAGUAGAAGGUUUACCAACGUACGUGUGGGAUCACUUCGAGCGUUCAGUUCCGAUGUCGACUUACCUCGUGGCGUUUAUAGUGUCGGACUUUGAGGACGCGAGCUCAGCGCAGGGUAACGUAAAAGUUUGGGCGCGUAAAGAGGCCAUUCAGCAAGCGGAAUACAGUUUGCGCAUCGGACCACAGAUACUCAACUACUUCGAGGAGUUCUUCCAGAUAAAGUUUCCGCUUCCGAAAAUCGACAUGGUUGCUUUGCCUGACUUUUCAGCUGGCGCUAUGGAAAAUUGGGGUCUCAUCACCUACAGGGAGACUGCGAUGUUAUACCAGGAGGGUGUUUCAACGAGCAACAACAAGCAGCGAGUGGCGACUGUCGUGUCUCACGAGCUUGCGCAUCAGUGGUUUGGAAAUUUAGUGACCCCAAGCUGGUGGACUGAUCUGUGGCUUAACGAGGGCUUUGCCAGCUAUGUCGAAAAUAUCGGAAUUAAUGCGGUGGAGCCAACAUGGAAAGCACUAGAGCAAUUCGUAGUGCACGAAUUACAAAACGUUUUUGGUUUGGACGCCCUGGAAUCAUCGCAUCCAAUUUCUGUGGAGGUCGGCCAUCCGGACGAGAUCAAUGAGAUUUUCGAUCGUAUCUCGUAUGCCAAAGGCGCCUCGGUUAUCCGAAUGAUGGACCACUUCCUUACGACGAAUACCUUCAAGCGCGGUCUGACCAACUACCUCAACGGAAAAGCGUAUCACAGCGCCGAGCAAGACGAUCUGUGGGACGCGUUGACGAAACAGGCGCACGAGGACAAGGUUCUCGGCCAGGACGUGACAAUCAAACAAAUCAUGGAUACUUGGACCCUACAAACGGGCUUCCCUGUUGUCACAGUCACGCGCGAUUAUGACAAUGACGCCGCGCUUGUAACUCAGGAGCGAUUCAUGCUGCGAAAUCAGAGCAACGAGGACAAAGAGCCGAUCUGGUGGAUACCCUUAACUUACACUGUGGCUAAUAAGCGCGACUUCAAUUCUACUAAACCUGCCGUGUGGAUGAAGGCUGAAAAAUCCGUGCAAAUGAAAAAGCUUGGUGCCACGCCACGAGAUUGGCUUAUUUUCAAUGUUAUGGAAACGGGGUACUACCGUGUCAACUACGAUCAAAAGAACUGGAAGUUGAUAACGCAGCAAUUGAAGGGUCCAAACAGCGCCGAUAUUUCAACGAUAAAUCGGGCUCAGCUAAUCGACGACGCAUUGAAUUUAGCACGCGCCGGCCGCUUGGAUUAUGCCACGGCUUUGGACGUGACCUCGUAUCUCGAACAAGAAAGCGAAUACUUACCAUGGAAGGCUGCCCUCACCGCCAUGAAUUUCCUUGACAAUAUGCUCGUCAAAUUCCAGGGCUACGACAAGUUCAGGGUGUACGUGUUAAAACUGUUGGACAACGUGUAUCAAAAAGUCGGCUUCAAGGACAGACUGGACGAUCCUCAGUUGACAGUACUCACACGUAUCGAUGUGUUAACGUGGGCUUGCUUGUUCGGCCACGAAGAUUGCGUGCGAAACGCGGUUGGCCAUUUCGCCGCUUGGCGAAAUGAGUCUCAACCGAACCUCAAUAAUCCGAUCUCACCGAAUCUCAAGAGCGUGGUUUAUUGUACCGCCAUCCGUGUUGGUGGUCCAGCUGAAUGGGAGUUCACCUGGCAGCGUUAUCUCGAGAGCAACGUUGGCUCCGAGAAAGAUUUGCUGCUUAGUGCUCUCGGAUGUACCAGAGAAACUUGGCUGCUUAGCAGAUAUCUUGACUGGGCGCUCAUGGAAAAAUCAGGUAUCAGGAAGCAGGAUGUUCCCAGGGUUUUCGCCACGGUCUCGAGCAACAUCAUCGGCCAACCCCUGGCUUUUAACUUCUUCCGCAAUAAGUGGGACCAAUUAAAAAACUAUUUUGGAACCUCGCUAAUAUCUAUCACUAGCAUUGUCAAGUCAUCGACCAAGCGUAUCAACACUAAGUACGAGCUUAAAGACUUGUUGGAGUUUGCCAAUGAGCACAAAGAGGAACUCGGUAGCGCUACGAGAGCCAUCGAGCAAGCAGUUGAGCAAACUGAAGCUAAUAUUCGCUGGUUAGAGCGUAAUCUGGCGAACAUCCAAGACUGGCUUAACAAAAACGUCACGUAAAAUGCCAAUGACAUUUUUGUUAGACACUAGGCGAAAUAAUGUUUUUGCACCGUGUGACAUUGACUGUUGAUGUUGGAGUAAUUGCGAUUCCUUUAGUUAAUUAUACUUAUUGUCAAUUCUCAGUCAAUGUGUUAAGAUGUAACUUUGAAUACACGUAUAUAUCGUUCUUGUUGGCGGGAAGUAGACAGAUAAACCUAUAAAACUUUUAAGAAAUUGUCCGUGUGUCGAGCAUUAUAAAACGUGCAAAUUAUUAUUUUCAUAUAUAUAGUGUAUUAAUAUUCACGUAGUUGAGGUAACUGAAUUGUAUUAUUUUUCAAUGAUACGAUACAGUAUUUGCAACUUAAUCAGAAUUUUCUUUUUUUGUUGAAUGUGCAGAGUUUAUAACAUUUUUGAAUGAUGUGCAUCACAAAAUUCAUAAGAAAUGCAACAGAUGCAGAUAAAAAAAUAACUUCAAUCAUUUUUAAAAUGUAGAUGAUUAUUAUGUCAUCAGUCACGAGAAAACUAUGCUUUCAAUCAUAUUUGAUAUUAUAUAUCUAUAUAUAUAACUAUUUUGUUGAUGUUUUCUAUGAUAAAUAAAUUCAAUGAAUGGAUAAUAAGAUAUAUAACAUACAAAUAUGUAUAAUUUCUUAUGAGAAUACACUAUAACAGAAGUACAAUUAUAAUUAGUCGUGAAAAAAAUAAACUAGGUGUCUAUAAUCAUAAAAAAAGUAUUGUACGUGCAAAUAUCGAUGCCACUUUCAUUUAACAGAAUAAUUGAAAAGUGCUUUAAUGGGGUAGUUCAAUGUCUGAAUGUAAAUAUAAUAUACUAUAUAAUAUUAAUUUUGAAAUUUAUCAUGUUGCUAUUAAAAACAGUUUUACAUAAAAAAUGUUUGAAAUUUGAUAGAUAGAAAGUAUGAUAGGGUAAUCAAGCUUAUUUUUCAAUAUUUUUAUGAAAAUAUUGACGCAAAAUAAAAUGCGAUGAAGCUUAAUUACGCCGUUGAAAUUUAUUUAAAAUCGUUGAAACCUCAGAAUAAAAAAAUAUUUUUGCUAACUAUUUUUAUUUUCAUUCAUGCCUCAUUACGAUCAGGCAGUCGGAUUAAUAAUUGAUCAUUAUUGCUGUCGUUGUGCACAUCAAUCUUCAUUAAUGUACUCAUAGUAAAUAUUCGUAAGAAAACUAAAAACAAAUAACUAUUAAAGAGACAAUAUGAAAUAAUUAUUCUGUGCUUUGGUGUACAAAUCGUAAAAAUGAUUAAAAAGAAUUAGUAACAUGAAUAUAUCGUAAGAUGUUUAAGAAUGAAUGACAUUUUUAAAAUGUGAAGCUGAUUCAAAGAAUAACUCUUUUGUAGCUUAAAACUUUGAGUAGUAAAUUAGCAUGACUAUAUAAUUAAAAGUUAUAAAAAUAUUUUAUUAUUAAUGUUCCAUGUAUCAGCUUUUUUUUAAAGCAUGUUGGUGAAGGUAUAGCACACAGAGUAAUACGAGUACAUAAAAAUGAGAUGAUAUAUUUAUUGUUGGUUGAACAAAAUUCGAAAGACAAUAUUCUCACCUUUUAUCCUAGAAUGAGAUGAUUAAAUACGUUUGUAUUAAAACAUAAAAUCAUAAAAUUGUAAGUAAUUACAUAAAUGCUACACUUUGUAUGGAAAUAGACGAAUAUCACGUAAAAGCAAACAUAUAUGAAAUGAUAAGCAGAUGUCAGUGUUUGUGAUUUCUUUUCAUCACGAGACAAGCGUGGUCAAACAUUUCUCAAGCCAAUCGUAAGUGCGAGUACAAUACUGAUCUAAUCAGGCUCUUAUUAUUAACACUCUUGGUUUAAACUGAAACACGUAAAUGAAUGAUAUUAGUAAUAAUGACGGCAGUGAAAACAUCAA